AACAUCAUCAGCAAUCAUCGAUCCAGAAAUAAAUUUUAUUACAAAUCAAAAUAAAAUAGAAGGAGGAGGUUUUGUAUACCAUCAACAAUAGAUGGUAGUUGUUAUAAAAAUUUUCCGCUUUGUUUACCCAUUACAAUUACGCCAUCAUCAUCAACAUCAUCAUUGACAAAUCAUGCAGAAUUACCGAAUAUUAAUGAUAACAACAACAACAACAACAAUCAUAAUAACAGUAAACAUUCAAGAUCAAUGGAUAAAAAAUUCCAAUUUUUUGCCGCAGCAGCAGCAGCAGCAGCAGCGGCUGCUGCUGCUGCAGCUACAACUGCAAACCAGAUGCGUUCAAAUGAAUUAAAUGUAAAUAUAAAGGGACAACAUAAUCAAUCAUCAUCAUCAUCAUCAAAUGAUACCGACAAAUAAUAAUCAUAAUGGCCAAACAUUGGAAUUACAAUCGACUGCAGCAGCAGCAGCAACACCAACAACAACAACAACAACAACAUCGACAAAAAAACAGCGUAGAAGACGUACAGCAUUCACACAAGCACAAUUGAAUUUCCUUGAAAAAAAUUUUCAUGAAAAAAAAUAUUUGACCGUUGCUGAUCGUGGUCAAGUGGCGGAUGCAUUGAAUCUAUCGGAAACACAAAUAAAAACUUGGUAUCAGAAUCGAAGAACCAAAUGGAAACGGCAACAUAAUGUUAAAUUGGAUGAAUUACGUUACAAUGGACCAAAAAAUUCAAUAAAUUCAAAAAAUCAUUGUGAAGAUUCGACAAAAAUCAUUAUUAAAAACAAUAAUAACGACACAGUAACUGAUCAACAAAAACAACAAACGAAUGAAUCAAUUCUACUUGAUCCGGUCAAUUCAUAUCAGGCUAAUUUCAAAAUACCCAUUUUGCAGGCUAAUAAUAGACAUUCACCAUUACAAUCACAUUCUCCAUCCAUAACAUCAUCACCAUCAUCAUCAUCAUCAGCCUCAGAACAGCAGCUUUAA